GUAUGAUAUGCACACAACUGCGCAGAGUGCCGUUGUUGUAUGUACUGCUUUGCCCCUAAAAGAGUGAAGACAUACACCGUUCAGUGUUUUCCCGUCGACUGUGAAAUUUUUUAUCAUUAUUUUGAAUUUCAAUAAAAUAAUUCGAUUCCAUUUAAAUUAUUAUUCCAAUUGCGUUAUUCACGACUUCCGACGGUUUAUUUUAAUGAUUUUAAUUGUUUUGCCGGAAAAUUUGUACGCAUGCAGUUGUGAUGAGCUUGCACAGUCCGUUGCCAAAAAAACACACCUGGAGUUAUCUCAUAAUAAUAUAAUAUGCUAUUUUGAUCUAAAAAAGGUUCGAGAAGUAUUACGAGCAAGAUUGACAAAUGACAGUUAUCAUAAAUAUUAAAAAUGGUUUUUAAUAUUUAAGAAUCAAAAUAUGUAUAUAAUAUAUCGAAAGACGUUAUUUCGUGGACUUGUAGUACACAAAUCUACUAUGCUAACCAGUUCCACUUCCAGUAUCAAGUAGCAUGAAGUAUAAGAAGAUAAAUCAGCAAAUAAAAGAACCUUUCUACACCAUUCAAUAUUUGUUUAUUUUUGUUAUAACAUUAGCUUUAGUUACUGUAUAUCACAUUCAAAAAGAACUGAUAAGGCCGAAAUUAGAACAUUUAGUGAUUUACAGUAAUUUAACCGAACGAGACCCACGGGUUAGCUGUCAGUUUCCAAUACUUCAUCCGUUUCACCCGUCUAUUUUGAAAUACGUUUUCAUACCAAAACCCAUAAGAUGUAUGGAAAGGUCUUAUCGUCUGACGUACAUCGACAUGAACACCGGGCUUUUGCAAUUCAAUUCUUCGGGGUUCGAAGAAGCCGGAUACUCGUUGAAGUCAAACGCGCUACACUGUUACUACCAAGAAAUUCAUCGACCGAAAGAUGACGAUUUCCACGUGGAAUACGGUCCACAAAUUCCCAUGGUCAGCCUGCACGAACCAAAGACGGAUUUUGUUUUCGUUUCAUGCACCAACUUUUUGGGUUUAACAGUUUACAGCAAUUUCCACGCUUACGCCAGACGGAAACCGGAAGUCAGAAAGUUUAAAAACGACGUUGAAUUGGGAGUAGCCGUCCUCGGUAUCGACUCGAUAUCUCGACUGAAUUUCAUGAGACAGAUGCCAAACUCGUAUCAUUUCAUUACCGAACGAAUGGACGGUGAUGUCAUGUACGGUUUCACAAAGGUCGGCGAAAAUACGUUUCCGAAUGUAAUUCCUAUGUUGACCGGACGUUCCUUUAUCACCGAGCACAACAACAGAUUCGAUGAUUGGCCCUAUGUUUGGAAACAAUUCGACGGUGUUGGCGCGGCAACUCUUUAUGCGGAAGAUCAGCCCGAGUUUAACAUGUUUGACUAUUUGGCCAAAGGGAUAACGUCACAACCGACGUUACACUACAUGCGCACAUUUUGGUUAGCCGUAGAACAAUCCAUGUUGUACAAGAUGAGUUCGCCCGGUUGUCUAGGACCUACGCCAAAACAUUUAAUUUAUUUCGAUUAUUUGAAAUCGUUCAUCAAGGUUUACAGAGACUCGCCGAUAUUCUUGUUUUCGCUUUUCAACGAAGUCAGUCACGAUUUCGUCAACACUGUCGGAGUAAUCGAUUUGGAUUACAUGAAGUUCUUGAAAUCGACCUUCGACGAGGGACUAUUCAACCGUACGGUAAUAUUUGUGCUCGGUGACCAUGGUAAUCGUAUGGAUUUCAUCCGUCGGACCAAGGUGGGAACGAUUGAAGACCGUAUGCCAAUGGUCACCGUUAUAACACCGGAAUGGGUAAAGGAUAAGUAUCCUUCGUGGAGAGAAUCUCUCCGAGAGAACCGUAUGAGACUGACAUCUACCUACGACAUUUAUGCCACGUUUAGACAUGUGUUGAGCACGUUGAAUAACGAAAACGCAUCGACUGCCAUUGACCAAGGAUUACUAGAUGCAAUCAAUGACAGUAAUGUCAAAAGCCAUUUUGCAACUCCUAGUGCAGGACAAUCCUUAUUUAAUCCUGUACCGCUGUUCAGAGAUUGCAACGCAGCCGGCAUACCUCAAUGGAUUUGCGUAUGUCACGAAGGCCAACAAAAACAACUUGGCCCACAACACCCGUACAGUGUUGCCGCCUCGAAAGAAGUCAUAAGAUAUUUUAAUGAGUUAUUGGAUGAUCUACAGGAAUGUGCAAAAAUUCAACUGGCUUUCGUCGAAGACGCUUAUCUAUACGAAGCGCCACAAAGAUACGACAACAAUAAAGUUUUUGAAAGGUCAGUGCAAGUAACGUUCAAAGCCACUCCCGGAGAAGGAUAUUUUGAAGCUACAUUGGGCAUGAGCAGUAAAAAAGAUGACAGUAGUAAACAGCAGUUUACCAUUAUUGGUCAAGUGUUCCGAAUAAAUAAAUACGGCCACCAAGCGGAUUGUUUACCUAGAAAUAAGCUUGCAAAAAUGCCAAUUCUGAAAGGCAUAUGUUAUUGUGAUUAAAACACAAAUUGUUAAUAUUAUUUUUAUAAUUUAUAUUAUUAAAAUUUAGUUAUAUUUAAUACAAGUAUGAAAUGACGAAGCCAUGUCCGAUUUUGUCAGUCUUUGACUUUAGAUGUCACAUCGUUAUUUAAUUCUCAGGGUGCACGAAAUGUGGAUUUUUUAAAAUCAAUAGAGAAUAAUUGUUUAAAAAAUAAUUUCAAAAAAUUAAGUAAAGUAUUAAAGUAU